AUGCCCGUCUACAUGCUCCACGGUUUCCGGUGGCCCCGCGCGGGUUUCACGGGGAUUCGCGUAUACAUCGUUCUCAAUAAUCUCGAAGAAGCCGCCGCCGAGUACAUCCAGCAACCGCUGACGACGGAGCUAUUGACGGAAUCAUUCAAGAAAACACAAGCCGAUCUCAUGCCGCGAUUGCCGGAGCUACACUUCAUCGAGCAGUACGACCCGCAAGACGAAUCGAGCAACACGGUUAGCCAGGACUAUGCCUAUGUGAGUGCCAAGGUGGUGACUAUCCCGGACGGUGCUGGUGCGGGACCGGGUCUCGAGGACGUCGUUGAGCAGGGAUCAGGUUUGUCGGCUGAUGCGACGGAGGCCCUGGAGGCACUGCGCGAUCGGUUGGCGCCUGGGGAGAAGAUUGGUUGGUUUAUGGUUUACAAUGGGGAUCCGGAUCGGUGGUAUCCGCCCUCGGAGGAUGAGGACGAGUAUGAGGAUGAGGAGAGCUAUGUGGAUGAGAAGUUGGAGAGUCGGACGGAGAACCAGACAGAGCCGGGGACGCCGCAAAGUUAUACGGCUCGACUGACUCGGCUGUUCAAUCGCAUGAGCACUUCUUCAACCUCAUAA